ACAACGCCGGAGCGACACGAGAAACGGGAGGAGGACCACAAAAAAAAGGCACCGGAAGUCACCUGUUUCCUUCAGGUGAUGUACGCCUCUUGACGGCUCUGAUGCACCGUCCGCCAAUCCCGGCGCACCUCCACAUCAACCUAGCCACCUGAAAGAAAGUUUGGCAUUGUCACGCAUGCGCACGUCCUCCCCCGUGUCCUCCGCUCGAUAUUAUAAGUGCAUCCGGCGGCGUGCAACGUGGUUCAGUCUACAGUAUCUGAACGGGACCGAGGGGAAGAGGAAGCGCACUGGCAAGGCAGAGGGAGAGAUGGAUGACAAAGAGAAGAGGAAGAAGGAUGAAAACGCCAACAACGAUGACAAAGUCACGCUGAAAAAGGAAAUCGGGCUGCUGAGCGCCUGCGCGAUUAUCAUCGGGAACAUCAUCGGCUCGGGGAUCUUCAUCUCGCCCAAAGGAGUGCUGGAGCAUGCAGGCUCAGUGGGACUGUCUCUCAUCGUCUGGGUUUGUGGAGGAGGGAUCUGUGCCCUUGGGUCAUUGUGCUACGCUGAGCUGGGCGUCACCAUCCCAAAAUCUGGAGGAGACUAUUCUUAUGUGACCGAGAUAUUUGGAGGGCUCGUAGGCUUCCUGUUGCUAUGGAGCGCUGUUCUCAUCAUGUAUCCAACCACGCUGGCCGUCAUUGCCCUCACCUUCUCCAAUUACGUCUUGCAGCCGGUCUUCCAGAACUGCGAGGCUCCGUUCAUCGCCAUCAGACUGCUCGCCACCAUCUGCGUCUUGUUCCUGACCUGGGUGAACUGCUCCAGUGUCCGCUGGGCGACGAGGAUUCAGGAUAUCUUCACUGUAGGAAAGCUUCUCGCUCUGGUGCUCAUCAUCGUGGUCGGACUGGUCCAGAUCUUCAAAGGUCACUACGAUGCGCUGCGACCCAGCGUGGCCUUUGAAUUCAGCCAGGACCCCUCGUUCGGCCAGAUCGCUCUGGCCUUCCUGCAGGCCUCCUUCGCCUACAGCGGCUGGAACUUCCUCAACUAUGUGACGGAGGAAGUGGUGGAGCCCCGCAAGAACCUGCCCCUCGCCAUCUACAUCUCCAUCCCUCUGGUGACCCUGGUCUACACCAUGACUAACAUCGCCUACUUCUCCUCCAUGACCCCAGAGGAGCUGCUCACCUCUAAUGCCGUGGCAGUGACAUUUGGGGAAAAGCUGCUGGGCAUGUUUUCCUGGGUGAUGCCCAUCUCUGUAGCGCUGUCCACAUUUGGAGGGAUCAACGGAUAUUUGUUCACCUCCUCCAGAUUAUGUUUCUCAGGAGCCAGAGAGGGCCACCUGCCACACCUCCUGGCCAUGAUCCACCUUAAAAACUGCACCCCCAUCCCUGCCCUGCUUGUCUGCUGCUUGGCCACUGUACUCAUCCUGUGUCUUGGAGAGACGCACAACCUGAUCAAUUACGUGUCCUUCAUCAACUACCUGUCCUACGGGGUCACCAUCGCCGGCCUGCUUUACCUGCGCAAGAAGAGACCCAACCUGGCCAGACCCAUUAAGGUAAACCUGCUGGUGCCCAUCACCUACUUGCUCUUCUGGGCCGUAUUGCUGUUCUGCAGUUUGUACUCGGAGCCGGUGGUUUGUGGCCUCGGCAUGGUCAUCAUGCUGACUGGCGUCCCCGUUUACUUUGUGGGGGUUCAGUGGAAAGAGAAACCCAAGUGGAUUUACAUACUGCUCGAAAGGGUGACGUACAUGGGCCAGAAGCUGUGUUACGUUGUGUUCCCACAGGAAGACUCGUCCUCAGAGACUGAACCCCUCACUGCCAAAGCCAUUGACUGAGCGGUGACGGCAGCUAGGCCACUCCAUUUAUGCAACCACGCCUGCACUUUCAGUUUUUGGUGUUAGAUUUUUUUCCAAUUGUUUGCUCCAUGAACUGUGAGCCGCCGCUGUCAUUUCUUUUUUCUUGUACCCGUUUCCUGAAUGCAGCCGGGACGGAGAAACAUGAAAAAGGCCGAAGUUUUUAAGACGAAUACGCGCGCCGUUUCUGCACUUAGCCAUAUUUUUAUUGCUACUGCUGCCUUCAGCACGGUUUCUCUAAUUGCUCUUAGUUUUGUUAUUGCUUUCCUGUCAGUCUUCCCCCUGUCGCCUCAGUAUCGGGUCAUUCUUUUCUCUCCAUUCAUUUCAUCUUCAGUCUGUCGCAACUAUUCUCCGAGAGAUGCCAUACGUGCCUUGUUGGUGUUGAUUUUUUUAAAAUUAUAUAUCUCUCCUAGCAAAAAAAAGAAGGAAAAAAAAACUUGAGAGACCUGAGGAUGGUGAGAAGCUUAGGUGGAUAAACUGGAUAAAUGAAUAUUUCAGAGUUUAACCGUAAAAUGUUUCCUGAGUCAGGCACUGGAAAGUUUCUUCAGACAUUUUUCCUCCCAGCUGGGAACUUUCUAAAGGUGCUCACCUUUCCCAAGAUGUUGUCAGACGUCUGAAUUCAGCCUUCUUGUUACCGUACUCACCACAGAGCAUAUCAUUAGCUGCGUCAGACUCUCAGAUACACAGAUCUUCACGUGCAUCGUCCCCCCCCAGCCCCUCAACUUCUCAUAAAUCUGCCAACUAACUAAUGUUACUGAUGACAUCUUAUGCUUGUACAGAUCUUAGUGCUCUUGAUGUACUAAAAGUUGAAUUUGUGUUGUCAGGUUUUCACAUCCUACAGCCAGAUGAUGGCACAGCUCAGUGUUCAGAUUGUUGGAAGUGGACUUGUGAGCGUUUAUCAACGGUAGUUUCCUCCAACCUCGGGAUCCCACAUUAUAUAAACCCUCCACAGUUUAGCAACAGACCUUCCAGUUUCUCAGCCAAACAGCGUGGCCAGUAACCCCGUUGUCUUAUAUUGCAAAAAGUGUCCUAAAACACUGGCUUGUGUCUCAUGAGCUAGUAGUCUUCCAUCGCUCAGGAUUUUUUUUUUUUCACUUUUCUACAAACUCUGCAAUGUCGCAUCUUUAUUUAGUACAGGUGAGGCAACUAGAACUGAUAACUUCGUAGAACCAGCACUACAAAAUAUUUCAAACUAUCCCUUUGAAGUCUUUAGGGAUCUGACUGCCGUCGUUAUUAUGUCAGUGCCAUGACCUUUAAAGGAACGGUAACUGACUGAGGAGAUGUUGUUUUGUCUCUGAAAGGCAUAUGGUGCAAAGACAACAGAACAAAUGAAGUGUGGGGCUCUGGCCUUGUUCAGCGGGAUGUAAACCAGAGAGGUUGGUGCGGGAAUUGAACUCGUGGUGCUUAGCGAAGGCCAUAUAUAAGUCCAGACACGGUUAUUUUUGCCAUUUGUAAAUUCUGUGUAAAAGAACAUGAGCCAAGGACUCCUGCAAGAAUACAUUCCUCAGACGUGUUGAGAUAUCGUCACACGCUACAUAAUGGAUGUGUGUAUCCGUGGCUUGUAAAAACAUGUAAAGUUGUACAAUAACAAUGAAAGUGUUAUUAAAUAUAACAGCUUAUAGAA